AUGUCCCCUACAACAAACAAACAAUGGAUUAUCCGCAUGUCCGGAAACACCUUCGACAGCCUGAAGAGAACCGAGAACCCAAUCCCAAGCGUCGGAGAGUAUGAUGUGCUCAUUAAGAUCGAGGCUUUUUCACUUAAUUACCGCGAUGCAAGUAUAUCUAUAAACAAAUACCCCUUCCCCUCUAAAACAGAGCUAAUCCCCUGCUCCGACGCCGCCGGCACCGUCACCCACGUCGGGAAAGUCACCUCCUUCCGCCCCGGCGAUGCCGUCACCUCUCUCUUCUUCGCGGGACACAUUUUCGGCGCCCCAACCGCAGAAGCCCAGAAUACAGGACUCGGGGGUUUUCACAACGGGUGUCUGCAGCAGUACCGCGUCUUCCAUGAGAUGACGUGGAAUGCGUUGUAUGAGCUUAAGCCGCUGGGGGCGGGGCAGGCGGUGCUUGUGCAGGGAACGCGUGGGGUUCCUUUCUUGCUCCGCAGCUGGCAAGGCGCAGCGCAGCGGCUGAUUGAACUGGGUGCCGACCACGUUAUCAAUUACCGCGAGGACCCGGGAUGGGGGGCGACAGCCCGAAAGCUCACCCGCGACGGGGUGUACCAUGUCACUGAGGUGGGCGGGCGCAACACGAUGCGCCAGAGUUUGAAUUGUGUGAAGAGGGAGGGCGUGGUUUAUGUCAUCGGUUAUAUCGGCGGCACGGGGCCUGGCCAUAACCAGGACCAGCCCCCGCAGAUCCUGGACACUUUGACAGCUGCCGCUAUCGCGAUCGAGGCAAAUAACAUUAGACCAGUGGUCAGUGAGCGGGUCUUUGAAUUGUGCGAGGCGCGCGAGGCGUACCAGUACCUGUGGGAUCAGAGACAUUUUGGGAAGGUGGAGAUCCAGGUUUGA